AAGAAAUUAAAGCAGAAGAAAGAAAGAAAGAAAUAUUACAAUCCAUUGGUUUUCUUUUUUUAAAGCAGGAAAAAAAAAGAGACUUUGAAAAUAAUGUCUUCUGGUUUUGAUCAGCAAAGGCUGGUUGUGAAGAAGGUUUUGGCCAAACAGCAAAGCGAGGGCGAUGGGGCCCGCGUUAGACGAAGCAUCGGAAGGCAUGAAUUGAAGAACAUUGAUCCAUUCCUCAUGCUGGAUGAGUUUGAAGUUUCACCACCUGCUGGAUUCCCUGAUCACCCACACAGAGGCUUUGAGACUGUUACAUAUAUGUUAGAGGGAGCUUUCACUCAUCAAGACUUCUCUGGGCAUAAGGGCACAAUAGGAACUGGUGAUGUGCAGUGGAUGACAGCGGGAAGAGGCAUCGUUCACUCCGAAAUGCCCGCGGGCGAAGGCACACAAAAGGGCUUGCAGCUGUGGAUCAAUCUUGCCUCCAAGGACAAAAUGAUUGAACCAAACUACCAAGAGCUGCUGAGUAGAGACAUCCCAAGUGCAGAGAGUGAUGGGGUACAAGUGAAGGUAAUAGCAGGAGAGGCAAUGGGGGUGAAAUCCCCCGUGUACACGAGAACCCCAACGAUGUACCUAGACUUCACCCUCCAGCCUGCCACCGAAUACCACCAACGCGUCCCACAAUCUUGGAACGCGUUCGUUUACGUCGUAGAGGGCGAGGGCAGUUUCGGCACCGAAAACUCGCGCACCCCCGCGGCAGCCCAUCACUGCCUGGUGCUGGGCCCCGGGGAGGGCGUGAGCGUGUGGAACAGUGCCUCUUCCGGGCAGCCCCUGAGGUUCGUCCUGCUCGGCGGGCAGCCCAUCCGCGAGCCUGUCGUUCAGUGCGGUCCUUUCGUGAUGAACACCGAAGCCGAGAUCGAGCAGACGUUCCAGGACUACCAUCUCUUCAAGAAUGGGUUUGAGAAGGCCAGGCAAUGGAAGUCUCAUUCCAUUUCAGGCAGUAGAAAGAGAAUGUAACAAGUAAUAAUGUCUUGGAGUUUAUCCAGUGUCCACUCUUGUCUUAAUCUUUUCUUUUGUAUACACGCAAACACAAACACUUCAUAGUGUUUCACAUUUUAAAUUUCUUCAUUACUCCCUUUUAGUUUGUAUUGUUUCCAUCAAAUUCUCAUUUGUGGGUGAAUUGAAAUAAAAUUGUCUUUUGUAUUUCACAGAUUAAGUUGUUUUUUUCUCUCAUUUUGGUAUAGAAAGCAAAAGCUGUACUUGUUUAGUCUGAAUUUAGUUGUCUACUUUACAAUAUUACCAUAAAUUUUGGGUGUUUCU